AUGUCGAAAGCGCUCGUCCUAGGCAGCACUGGCCUGGUGGGGUCCUUCAUUCUAUCAACCUUGACGACCGGCCCGUCGUCCCCAUUCUCGAGCAUCGAGAUCAUCGCGCGACGUUCUGCUGCAGCAGCCAAAGGUUCCAGCCUUCCCGUCAAUGAGUUUAUCGAGAAAGACACCACCAAGUGGGCGAGCCACCUGUCAUCAACCUCGCCUGCACCAUCUGUCAUGUUCUCCGGCCUAGCAACCACUCGCGCUGCUGCAGGCGGCUUCGAGAAUCAGUACAAGAUAGAGCACGACCUGAACAUUGAACUCGCCAAAGCUGCCAAGGCCGCUGGGACAAAGACGUACGUCUUGAUCUCCGCAAGCGGCGCAAACGCGCACUCCAUGUUCGGCUACGUCAAGAUGAAAGGCGAGAUCGAGGAACACAUCAAGGAAAUUGGCUUUGAGCACACGAUUAUUGUUCAGCCCGGGUUGAUCAUCGGUCACCGCGAAGAAUCUCGGUUUGCUGAAGGCAUUGCACAGAGUCUUGCCUCAGCGAUUGGUAAGAUUCACGGUGGGCUCAAGGAUUCAUGGGCCCAGGACGCGGAUGUCAUUGCGAAGGCGGCUGUCUCUGCCGCAAUCAAGGUCGAGAAGGGCGAGGUUAAGGAUAAAGUGUGGGUGUUGAAGCAGAAGGACAUUGUCCAGCUUGGUGCGAAGGGAUGGACGACAUAA